CUGUGCUGACUCUAUCUCUAUCUACAAACAACAGCAACACUUCCCCUCCCCCCGUCCGUAUUUUCUCCCUUCGCCUCCAUCGAUCCAGAUCUCACGCACCGCCGAAACCAGCGACGAUGAGGCCGUCGGUGAUGAGAUCCGCCGCCCAGCUCCUCCGCCGCCGCAGCUACUCCUCCGCGUCCGGGCAGCCGGAGCGGAAGGUGGCCAUCCUCGGCGCGGCCGGCGGCAUCGGGCAGCCUCUGGCCCUCCUCAUGAAGCUGAACCCCCUCGUCUCCUCCCUCUCCCUCUACGAUAUCGCGGCUACCCCUGGCGUCGCCGCAGACAUCUCCCACAUCAACUCCCCUGCCCUGGUGAAGGGGUUCAUGGGGGACGAACAGCUCGCUGAGGCGUUGGAGGGGGCGGACUUGGUGAUCAUCCCGGCUGGCGUCCCGAGGAAGCCUGGCAUGACCAGGGACGACCUCUUCAACAUCAACGCCGGCAUCGUUAAGAACCUCUGCACCGCCAUCGCCAAGUACUGUCCCAAUGCUCUUAUCAACAUGAUCAGCAACCCAGUGAAUUCAACUGUUCCAAUUGCUGCCGAAGUUUUCAAGAAGGCUGGAACCUAUGAUGAGAAGAGAUUAUUUGGUGUUACCACUCUCGAUGUUGUUCGUGCCAAGACUUUCUAUGCUGGGAAGGCCAAUGUACCAGUUACUGGUGUGAAUGUCCCUGUUGUUGGUGGUCAUGCGGGUAUAACCAUCCUUCCACUGUUCUCACAGGCAACUCCUGCAUCUAAUGCAUUGUCUGCUGAAGAAAUCAAGGCCCUCACCAAGAGGACACAGGAUGGUGGGACAGAAGUUGUUGAGGCAAAGGCCGGAAAGGGAUCAGCAACCUUGUCCAUGGCGUAUGCUGGUGCAGUUUUUGGAGAUGCAUGCUUGAAGGGUCUGAAUGGAGUUCCUGACAUUGUCGAAUGCUCCUAUGUGCAAUCAACUAUCACAGAACUGCCAUUCUUUGCCUCCAAGGUGAGGCUUGGGAAGAAUGGAGUCGAGGAAGUGCUUGGGUUGGGCCAGCUGUCGGACUUUGAGAAGGAAGGGUUGGAAAGUCUCAAGGGUGAGCUCAAGUCAUCAAUUGAGAAGGGCAUCAAGUUUGCAAACGCUAAUUAGUUAGGCCAUUUUGCACAUUAUAGCAACCCAAAUCUAGUUGAGGGGUCUGUCGAUUUGGUUCAGUGCUUUUCUGCCCAUCAUGUGGGCGUGAGUGAUUUCAGCUUGCGUGAGGGAUUUGAGCUUCACAAUAAAAAUGCGGCGGCGUAAUGCCAAACAGAACACUUGUACUUGAGGAGACCAAGUUUGUGUCAAGUUUUGAAUCCGUUCAUUAAACUAACAGUUGAUCACUUGCGCCUUUCAGUUAGCAUUGCCUCUGAAGUGCUUGCAAGUGCAACUAGAGUAUCUAACUCUAAUGACUUCCUGUGGUGGUUUUUAUUUGCAAAUGUCA